AGCAACCUGGCUGCAUGAUGAAAAUAGGUUUCAGGAUGGGAUACUGAAAACACACUGUAAAGAGUAAAUAUGGGACAAACUCAGGCCACUGAGAAAACUGAGCAUGCAGAGAUUGAUGUCAUUACUCUUCAGGACAUGUAUAAAAAGUUUGUGACUGAGUGCCCUAGCGGCCUUUUGUUUUUGCAUGAAUUUAAGAACUUUUUUGGAGUGGGACCAUCUGGAGAAGCAUCUGAAUAUGCAGAGAGUAUGUUCCGUGCCUUUGACAAGAAUGGGGACAACACUAUUGACUUUUUGGAGUUUGUGGCCGCUCUGAAUUUGGUGUUCAGGGGUGAUUUAGAGCACAAGCUCAGAUGGUCAUUCAAAGUUUAUGACAAAAAUGGCAAUGGCUUUAUCGACAAAGCUGAACUCAAAGCCAUUAUUGAAAUUAUAAAUCAUGUCAGGAAAGUAGGCAGAAAAGAUCCAGAAGUAUCUCCUGAAGAGAUCUGUGAAAGAAUCUUUAAAAUGGUGGAUGUGGAUGGAGAUGGUGAUUUUUUUCCCCCAGUCAACAACAUGAUCACAUGCCUGUGUCUCUCUCACAGGUCAGAUUACACUGGAGGAGUUUUUAGCAGGGGCUCGGAAAGAUCCAUGGAUCCUCAACAUGUUGCGUUUAGACAAGAAUCCCUAUAGUUGGGUGGCGGAACAGAGGAGGAAAAGUGCACAUUUCUGAGAGGAAAAUGUAAAAACCAAAUUCUUAAUAUUGUGAUACUAUUGUUUAUAAAUUCUUUAAAUAUGUAUAAUAGCAAAUUUGUUUGUAAUGGCUUGUUGUAAUUAAGUACUUACUGUAUACAAUAUUUAGUGUGUGUAUAUCUAUCAUGUUUAAAUAUGUAUGUAGAUAUCAUAUACAGUAUAUGUUCACACACACAUAUUGUAAAUUUCUUUAUUUUGGUUUAGUGAUUUAUUUUCUACAUUCUACAACAAUACUGGGGAUUUACCAACAACAAAAACCACAGUUAGUUGUUAUUUUAAGACACAGAGGUCAGCCUUUCUGUAAUAGUUCUUGCAAGAUCAGUAUUGUCAAGUGCAUUUGCAAAAUCUGUGAAGCAGCAUAAUGAUCAUCGGAUUAGAGGCGUUACGAAGUCUUAACAGAGCAUAAGUAGCAGACACAUCUCAAUAUCAACUGUAUCGCGCGUCAAUAUGGAAAACUUAUAAGAGAUUUCUCUUUCCCAGAAAUACAACAAACGCAAAUUUACACGUGUUAAAUAAGCACUGUCUUUGUGGCACUGUGCGAAGCGCACGCCGAUGUGAGCCGCUUUAUUUCAGUUAUAAUAUACUAACAUAUUUUGCUGUGUAGUGGACCGCGCGCGCACCACCUCUCGAAGGGCACUAACCGCACAGACCAAACUGUUAUCUUCUUGUACUGUUAUAAAAAUUUUUAAUAUAAACAAACAAACAAAAUACAGCUUUUUUUUCAGAGCUAAACGGAAAAGUGAAGCUAAAUGAUUAGGCGCGUGGUCCGUUGCCUAGCAACACUGAACGAAAGCAUAAUCGUAGUGUUUGCUUCGGUUAUGACAUAGCAUAGUUUAUUAUCUGCUGUGGUAGAUCUGAUUUAUUCAAACGUGAUAAUAAAGCUUUAUAUCCUCAGGAGGGGUCAUUACAUUGUUUUAGCGAUAAUUUCACGGAAACGAGGUUAGAACUAAAUCACUGCUCCUGCUCCAUCUAAAGCACUUUCACACUAAACACACAUCCGAGAAGCUUCAAAUAGAAUGAACGAACUAAUUAAUUUUCUCGUUUUAAAAUUAGUUU